AUGGCAUCAAAUCGACAGCGUGCGGCCGAGAAGGCCUUGCACGACCAGACCAAUAUUCUUCCCUUUGGACAGCUUAUGGUUGUGUUUACGGGAUUGGCCACAUCCCUACUUAUUACCAUGUCAGAUCAAAACGGUAUUAGUGUCACGUUGCCAACUAUCGCACGAGACCUGGGGGCUCAAGAUACUAUCUCUUGGGCUGGAACAUCUUCACUUAUCGCCAAUACUGUGUUUACUGUGCUCUAUGGUCGACUUUCAGAUAUCUUUGGCCGAAAGGCGAUUUACAUAUCUGCACUAGUCUUACUAUCCCUUGCAGAUAUGUGCUGUGGUCUUUCUGUCAACUCUACCAUGUUCUAUGUCUUCCGAGGUUUGGCUGGAGUUGCUGGUGGCGGUGUAAUGUCUCUGACUAUGAUCAUUGUCUCUGACGUUGUAACCCUCGAGCAGCGUGGGAAGUAUCAAGGCAUUUUGGGUGCUGCUCUGGGAACUGGAAAUAUUAUUGGACCGUUCAUUGCAGCAGCCUUCAUUAUGGACUCAACAUGGCGCGGAUUCUUCUGGUUGAUCUCGCCUUUGGCUGCUUGCUCUGCCGUGGUUGGAUUUUUUCUCAUCCCGAACAAUGCGCGCAAGGGUAAUUUCUGGGAGAAUGUCAAACGUAUUGACUGGUGGGGUGUGCUCGCCUCAUCCAUUGGAGUUAUCUUUCUAUUAAUCCCUAUCUCGGGCGGAGGCUCUUACUUCCAAUGGGACUCUCCAAUGGUCAUCAGUAUGCUUAUCAUUGGUGGCUUGUCCUUUAUUGCAUUUAUCUUCAUCGAAUGGAAGGUUGCUACAUUACCAAUGCUACCAAUGGUCUUCUUUAAGAACAGUGUGAUCUGUGCUCUCUUCCUACAGUGUUUCAUGCUGGGAGCGGUUUAUCAGUCUUAUCUGUACUAUCUUCCUCUUUACUACCAAAAUGGACGUGGAUAUGAUCCCAUUGUAUCUGCAGCCUUGACAGCCCCCAUGGUGGCUUGCCAGUCUAUCGCCUCUGUAUGCUCUGGGCAAUACAUCUCUCGAAUGAAGCGUUAUGGAGAGAUUAUUUGGAUUGGAUUUGGACUCUGGACUCUUGGUGCUGGCCUGAUGUUACUCUUUGGUCGCAACACGCACCCGGCUGUCAUCGCCGUCAUUGUUGGGAUCACGGGUAUCGGAGUUGGCUUUACCUUCCAGCCAACUAUGGUUGCACUACAAGCCCACUCUACUAAAUCUCAAAGAGCCGUGUCGAUUUCCAAUCGCAACUUCUUUCGUUGCAUGGGCGGUUCCUGCGGUCUCGCUGUCUCAGCUGCCCUUCUCCAGGCGACUCUUCGAUCCGAUCUACCUAGCCAGCUCUCCUACUUGGCAGAGUCUACUUACUCCCUUCCUUCUCAAUCGAGCGUCAGCGCAAGUGAAUGGGCGGAGAUAUUGUCUUCAUACUCUAAAGCAUCACACUCAGUCUUCAUUCUUCAGGUUCCUCUGAUCGGCGUGUGUUUCCUCGCAUGCUUUUUUAUUCGCGACCGAGGCCUUGAGCGACCCAAAGAACCAGAAGAGAUCGAGGAGGAAAAGCGGAAGGCAGAAGAAGCUGCUCGGGAUACUGAGGCUGCUCUUCACGAAGUGGAUGAGUCUAAAAACCACGAUGCUAAUGAUACCACCGAGAAACGCCACUCGAUGUCCUCGACACUGGCGGAAUCCUCUAUACCCCCAUCUCGGGCGGAACCCGAGCUUGCCAAUGUCGAAGAAAAGAAAAGCGCAGAACAAAAGUAG